CGUAGCGCGCCGAGGGCCCUAGAGACACACUGAGAUUCAGAGAGGAGACUUCCAGCAUCAUGACUGCUUCAUCGAUGGCCCACGCUGGAGGAAAACACGCCAGUGCAAAAGAGGAGCGGAAGAUGCGGAAGCCUCUGAUCGAGAGGAAACGGCGCGAGAGGAUAAAUAACUGUUUGGAUCAAUUAAAAGAGACCGUGAUCAGCGCCUUCAGACUCGAUCAAUCCAAACUCGAAAAAGCGGACAUACUCGAGAUGACAGUGAAACAUCUGCAAAAUAUCCAGAUAAAUAAACUUAAUGACCCUUUGGAGGCCCAGCAGAAAUACAGCACAGGUUACAUCCAGUGCAUGCAUGAAGUACACAACAUGCUCCUCACUUGUGACUGGAUGGAUAAGACGCUCGGCUCCCGCCUGCUCAACCACCUGCUCAAGUCCUUACCGAGGUCCACUGAAGAGCUACAGCCCACAGCCAGAAAUUAUGUCCAUGGAACUCCGGUCACUCAAGGUGCUCGACCUCAGCGCGAUUCAAUCAGGAGGGAGCGGCCCGGCUGCCAUGUGUCUGCUGUCUCUGGGCGCCAGGAUAGAGCUGUGCUCCACGGUUCCCACUUGGGGAUGCUGGAGAUGUGGCGGCCCUGGUGAAGCUCCCAAUUCAAUUCCAUCAGCAUGUUGUUAGGCCAACCUCUGUUAUGUAUCUUAUAGAUAUGCUGCUCAGAAGACAAACGUGGGGCAGUUUUGUUCCAGUCGUUAUCGUUUUAGGUGUGCUAUAAUGUUUCUAUAAAGACCUUUGCGCAGUACUUCCCGUCCGAAGUUGACUUCUCGUAGCCUGCAUUGUAGAAGGCCCUUAUUAAUCUUUCAUGUAUUUAUUGUGUUAACACGCUAUUUAUUUGCCAUUAUAAUGUAUUUCUUUCCUUCAUUCUUUCACUUUCUUGCCAUUGCAUAGAUCUUUGUCUGAUCCUUGUGCUGAAUUAAUAUCAAUGACAAUAAAAUAUAUUAUUUACUGAGGUU